AAAGUGAAAGAAGAAAGCAAAAGAAGAUAACUACUGUCUGGGGUCUGGUCGAUUCAAAGAUGAUCAUCUGGGGUGUGUAAAAUUAUUAUUUUCCUAUUAUGUGGACAACACGUCACCACAUGUGCUACAAAAUGUGGAAAACACGUUACUAACAUGAAGAGGACGUGAAAAUGUUUCCACAUGUUCCGAAGCUCUGCGCAUGCGCAUCAUUUGAAUCCUAACGGACAACUACCACUGUUCGCUGAAGGAAAAGAUGAACGAAGGUCUUAUGGGUGUGGAACGACAUGAGGGCGAGUAAUUAAUGACAGGAUUUUCAGUUUGGGCUGAACUUAAGCACGCAGAAAAAUUUUUUUUGUCAGAUCUGCUUCUCCUUGUUCAGUGAAGCUCCUCCCACUGGAAUUCACCAAUAAAUGCUGGAAUAUUCCCAUCAGCCUACAAGUGAAGACAAGCAUCAAGAGCAAAGAGACCAGAUGAAGGUGAAAAAGAAAAGGAAAGAAUCAAAUGAGGUGGAGGAGGAACAUCAUUUCAUCACUGGAGGAAAAUCUUUGAGUUUCUCACAGACUGAAAAGACUGAAGCCAAGAAGUCGUUAGCCUGCCCUCAGUGUGGAGAGAGUUUCACACGUAAAAGAAGUUUCAGGGAGCACAUGAGUACUCAUCCUAAAGAGAAUCUGUUGACAUGUGACCAAUGUGGAGAGAGUUUCACACGUAAAAAAAGAAGUCUCGAGGAGCACAUGAGUACUCAUCCUAAAGAGAAUCUGUUGACAUGUGACCAGUGUGGAGAGAGUUUCACACGUAAAAGAAGUCUCGAGGAGCACAUGAGUUCUCAUCCUAAAGAGAAUCUGUUGACAUGUGACCAGUGUGGAGAGAGUUUCACACGUAAAAAAAGAAAUCUCGAGGAGCACAUGAGUACUCAUCCUAAAGAGAAUCUGUUGACAUGUGACCAGUGUGGAGAGAGUUUUACACGUAAAAGAAGUCUCAGGGAUCACAUGAGUACUCAUCCUAAAGAGAAUCUGUUGACAUGUGACCAAUGUGGAGAGAGUUUCACACGUAAAAGAAGUCUCAGGGAGCACAUGAGUUCUCAUCCUAAAGAGAAUCUGUUGACAUGUGACCAGUGUGGAGAGAGUUUCACACGUAAAAAAAGAAGUCUCGAGGAGCACAUGAGUACUCAUCCUAAAGAGAAUCUGCUGACAUGUGACCAAUGUGGAGAGAGUUUUGCAAGUAAAAGAAGUCUCGAGGAGCACAUGAAUACUCAUUCUAAAGAGAAAAUGUUGACAUGUGAGCAGUGUGGAGAGGGUUUCACACGUAAAAGAAGUCUCAGGGAGCACAUGAGUACUCAUUCUAAAGAGAAUCUGUUGACAUGUGACCAGUGUGGAGAGGGUUUCACACAUAAAAGAAGUCUCGAGGAGCACAUGAGUACUCAUCCUAAAGAGAAUCUGUUGACAUGUGACCAGUGUGGAGAGGGUUUCACACGUAAAAGAAGUCUCGAGGAGCACAUGAGUUCUCAUCCUAAAGAGAAUCUGUUGACAUGUGACCAGUGUGGAGAGAGUUUUGCAAGUAAAAGAAGUCUCGAGGAGCACAUGAGUUCUCAUCCUAAAGAGAAUCUGUUGACAUGUGACCAGUGUGGAGAGGGUUUCACACGUAAAAGAAGUCUCAGGGAGCACAUGAGUACUCAUCCUAAAGAGAAUCUGUUGACAUGUGACCAGUGUGGAGAGAGUUUUGCAAGUAAAAGAAGUCUCAGGGAGCACAUGAAUACUCAUUCUAAAGAGAAAAUGUUGACAUGUGACCAGUGUGGAGAGGGUUUCACACGUAAAAGAAGUCUCAGGGAGCACAUGAGUACUCAUUCUAAAGAGAAUCUGUUGACAUGUGACCAGUGUGGAGAGGGUUUCACACAUAAAAGAAGUCUCGAGGAGCACAUGAGUACUCAUCCUAAAGAGAAUCUGUUGACAUGUGACCAGUGUGGAGAGAGUUUUACACGUAAAAGAAGUCUCAGGGAGCACAUGAGUACUCAUUCUAAAGAGAAUCUGUUGACAUGUGACCAGUGUGGAGAGGGUUUCACACAUAAAAGAAGUCUCGAGGAGCACAUGAGUUCUCAUCCUAAAGAGAAUCUGUUGACAUGUGACCAGUGUGGAGAGAGUUUUACACGUAAAAGAAGUCUCAGGGAGCACAUGAGUACUCAUCCUAAAGAGAAUCUGUUGACAUGUGACCAGUGUGGAGAGGGUUUCACACGUAAAAGAAGUCUCGAGGAGCACAUGAGUUCUCAUCCUAAAGAGAAUCUGUUGACAUGUGACCAGUGUGGAGAGGGUUUCACACGUAAAAGAAGUCUCAGGGAGCACAUGAGUACUCAUCCUAAAGAGAAUCUGUUGACAUGUGACCAGUGUGGAGAGGGUUUCACACAUAAAAGAAGUCUCAGGGAGCACAUGAGUACUCAUCCUAAAGAGAAUCUGCUGACAUGUGACCAGUGUGAAGAGAGUUUUACACGUAAAAGAAGUCUCAGGGAGCACAUGAGUACUCAUCCUAAAGAGAAUCUGCUGACAUGUGACCAGUGUGGAGAGGGUUUCACACGUAAAAGAAGUCUCAGGGAGCACAUGAGUACUCAUUCUAAAGAGAAUCUGCUGACAUGUGACCAAUGUGGAGAGAGUUUUGCAAGUAAAAGAAGUCUCGAGGAGCACAUGAAUACUCAUUCUAAAGAGAAAAUGUUGACAUGUGACCAGUGUGGAGAGAGUUUCACACGUAAAAGAAGUUUCAGGGAGCACAUGAGUACUCAUUCUAAAGAGAACCUGUUGACAUGUGACCAAUGUGGAGAGGGUUUCACAUGUGAAAGAAGUCUCAGGGAGCACAUGAGUACUCAUUCUAAAGAGAACCUCUUGACAUGUGACCAAUGUGGAGAGGGUUUCACAUGUGAAAGAAGUCUCAGGGAGCACAUGAGUACUCAUUCUAAAGAGAAUCUGUUGAUAUGUGACGAUUGUGGAGAGAGUUUCACAUGUAAACAAAGCCUGAAUGAGCACAUUGGAACUCAUGCUCUAGACGGAGCAUUCAUAUGUGACCAGUGUGGAAAGGGUUUCCAACGUAAAGUAUAUCUCACGGACCACAUGAGUAUUCAUUCUAAAGAGAAACCCUUCCCAUGUGACCGGUGUGGAAAGAGAUUCAGACUUAAAAGAAAUCUCAAAGUGCACAUGAGAACUCAUUCUAAAGAGAUACCCUUCACAUGUGAAAAGUGUGGAAAGACAUUCAAAAGUAAAAGAGGUCUCAAUGUACACAUGAGAACUCAUUCUAAAGAGAUACCCUUCACAUGUAACCAGUGUGGAGAGAGUUUCACAUGUAAAAUAAGUUUCAGUGAGCACAUGAGUACUCAUCCUAAAGAGAAACUGUUGACAUGUGAAAAGUGUGGAAAGGGUUUCAAAUGUAAAAUAAGUUUUAGUGAGCACAUGAGUACUCAUCCUAAAGAGAAUCUGUUGACAUGUGACCAGAAACCUUACAAGUGUUCAUACUGUGACAAGAGAUUUUGUGUAUCAGAAAAUCUGAAAACACAUGAGAGGAUCCACACAGCAGGGAAACCUUACAAGUGUUCAUACUGCGACAAGAGUUUCACUCAGUCACAAAAUCUGAAAACACAUGAGAGGAUCCACACUGGAGAGAAACCUUACAAGUGUUCAUACUGCGACAAGAGAUUCAAGCGGUCAGAACAUCUGAAAAAACAUGAGAGGACCCACACUGGAGAGAAACCUUUCAAGUGUUCACACUGCAAAAAGAGAUUCAAUCGUGCAGGAAGUCUGAAAAAACAUAAGAGGAUCCACACCGGAGAGAAACCAUACAAGUGUUCACACUGCGACAAGAGAUUUUCUAAUUCAGCAUCUGUAAACAGACAUGAGAGGAUCCACACCGGAGAGAAACCUUACAAUUGUUCAUACUGUGAUAUGAGAUUCAGAUAUUUAGAAAGUCUGAAAACACACAAGGAAAGAAUGCAUUUGUAGCCCUCCAGUUCGCACCACCCGCUACAAGCGAGACUCAAACCUGGGCCCGUCUGCAUGGGAAGUUGCGGAAGACCGCAGUCUCUAGCGUCAGUCACUGGAGCGCCUCUUGAGAUCAGGGGAGUGUGGUUUACAGGCACAGCCCUUACUGGCCUACGUCUGUUACACAUGUCUGUAACUAAUAUCUGUAAAUAGCUGUGAGAUUCUCAAACAUGGAUUUUCAAAAAUGUAAAAUAAUAAUAAAAUUUAAAAUAAAAUUUCAAGCUUGGGAGCACA